AUGGGUUCUCGUCCUCGCUCCGGCCGUGGGGGAGCCGCGGCGGCGCUCUUCGUCCUGGCGGCGCUGGUGGUGGUCUCCUGGUCGGCGGCGGGGGUGGGCGCGAUAGGGGCCAACUGGGGCACGCAGGCGAGCCACCCGCUGCCGCCGGACACGGUGGUCAAGAUGCUAAAGGACAACGGCUUCCAGAAGGUGAAGCUGUUCGACGCCGAGGACGGCACCAUGAGCGCCCUCAGGAAGAGCGGCCUCGAGGUCAUGGUCGGCAUCCCCAACGAGCUGCUCACCACCAUGGCCAACAGCAUGAAGGCCGCCGACAAGUGGGUCGAGAAGAACGUCUCCAACUACCUCAACAAAGGCUGCAACGUCAGGUAUGUUGCGGUUGGUAACGAGCCUUUCCUGUCGACAUACAAUGGAAGCUUUCUGCUAACUACCUUUCCUGCCCUCAAGAACAUACAAAGUGCACUUGUGAAGGCUGGUUUGGGCAAUCAAAUCAAAGUAACUGUUCCUCAAAAUGCUGAUGUCUAUGAUACAGCAACGGGCAAGCCUUCUGACGGGGAUUUCCGCACAGAUAUUCAUGAUCGGAUACUCGAAAUUGUAAAAUUUCUGAGCGACACCGGUGGUGUUUUCACUGUCAACAUCUACCCUUUCAUCAGCCUCUACAUUGAUCCAAACUUCCCUGCUGAGUAUGCCUUCUUUGACGGGCGCUCACAGCCCGUUGUUGAUGGCUCUGCAACAUACACAAACAUGUUUGACGCAAACCACGACACGCUCAUCUGGGCCCUGAAGAAGAAUGGAUAUGGGAAUCUGCCGAUCGUUAUUGGGGAGAUAGGCUGGCCAACUGACGGUGACAUGAACGCAAAUGCUCAGCUCGCCCAGCGCUUCAACCAAGGCUUCAUGACGCAUAUCGCCACUGGGCAAGGGACCCCGAUGAGGCCUGGACCGAUCGACGCUUACUUAUUCAGUCUGAUCGAUGAGGAUGAUAAGAGCAUACAGCCAGGGAAUUUCGAGCGCCACUGGGGGAUCUACACAUACGAUGGCAUCCCAAAGUAUCAGCUGAACUUCGGUGUGCCAAAUUCACAGAUUAAAAGAGCAAGCGGCGUCAAGUACCUUGACAAGAAAUGGUGUGUGCUGAAGCCUACUGUCAGCCUCGACGACCCAAAGCUUCCAGACACGGUGAGCUACGCGUGCUCCAGGGCGGACUGCACCAGCCUUGGCUACAGGACUUCCUGCGGGAUGCUGGACACCCGGAGCAACAUCUCGUACGCCUACAACAGCUUCUACCAGAAGAACGACCAAGACGACGUGGCCUGCGGCUUCUCGGGCUACGCGACGACCACCGGCCAGGACCCCAGCACCGGGACAUGCAGGUUCGGGAUCAUGAUCGAGGUCGACUCGGCCUACUCGUGGAAGCCGCGGCUGGUCCGCAGCAACUACCUCCUGGUGCUUCUCCUUGCACUUGUUCACCUCUGUGUGUCAUCCUCAUAG